UUUAUUACAACAUUCGAGCGCCAAACUAAUCAGUUUACUUUACAACGCAAGARRGRAAGRAGUUCGUCUGUCAAGAGAGUCAAAUUUAAAGCUUAAAAAUGAGAGAAAUCGUACAUCUUCAAGCCGGACAGUGUGGUAACCAAAUCGGUGCCAAGUUCUGGGAAGUUAUCUCCGAUGAACAUGGAAUCGACCCCACUGGAACAUACCACGGAGACUCAGAUCUCCAGUUGGAGCGAAUUAACGUCUACUACAACGAAGCAACCGGCGGUAAAUAUGUCCCUAGAGCUGUGUUAGUAGAUUUGGAGCCYGGUACUAUGGAUUCUGUUCGAUCAGGUCCAUUUGGACAAAUAUUUCGACCCGACAACUUUGUUUUCGGACAAAGUGGUGCUGGUAACAACUGGGCGAAAGGACAUUACACAGAAGGUGCUGAGUUAGUCGAUUCUGUUCUCGAUGUUGUUCGAAAGGAGGCCGAGAGCUGCGACUGUCUUCAAGGAUUUCAACUCACACACUCUCUUGGCGGAGGAACUGGCUCCGGCAUGGGAACACUUCUCAUCUCGAAAAUCCGUGAAGAAUAUCCUGAUCGUAUCAUGAACACAUUCAGCGUUGUCCCUUCACCAAAAGUAUCAGAUACUGUCGUCGAACCUUACAACGCCACACUCUCAGUACAUCAGCUUGUUGAAAACACCGACGAGACAUAUUGCAUCGAUAAUGAAGCGUUGUACGAUAUUUGCUUCAGAACCCUGAAACUCACAACMCCWACAUACGGCGACUUGAACCAUCUUGUAUCUGCAACCAUGAGUGGUGUCACGACUUGUCUUMGAUUCCCUGGUCAGCUUAAUGCCGAUCUCAGAAAACUYGCUGUCAACAUGGUUCCCUUCCCACGUCUUCACUUCUUUAUGCCUGGUUUUGCUCCUCUGACMAGCCGUGGCUCACAGCAAUACCGUGCCCUUACUGUCCCUGAACUGACRCAACAAAUGUUUGAUGCCAAGAACAUGAUGGCUGCUUGUGAUCCAAGRCAUGGCCGUUACCUCACAGUCGCUGCUAUGUUCCGUGGGCGUAUGUCAAUGAAAGAAGUUGAUGAACAGAUGCUUAAUGUACAAAACAAGAACAGUUCUUACUUUGUUGAAUGGAUCCCAAACAAUGUCAAGACAGCCGUCUGUGAUAUCCCACCCAGAGGACUCAAAAUGGCUGCUACAUUCAUUGGUAACAGUACUGCAAUCCAAGAGCUCUUCAAAAGAAUCAGUGAACAGUUCACUGCUAUGUUCAGGAGAAAGGCUUUCCUUCAUUGGUAUACUGGUGAGGGUAUGGACGAGAUGGAAUUCACUGAGGCUGAGUCCAACAUGAAUGACUUGGUGUCUGAAUACCAGCAGUACCAGGAYGCCACUGCUGAAGAGGAGGGAGAGUUUGACGAGGAAGAAGAAGAGGAAGGCGAAGCUGCAUAAAUACUAUAAAACUGGACUAAACUUGUAAUUCUGUCUUCAAAACAUGAAGGAAAAAUAAAUUAACUUUGACCUUA